AUGGCGACUACCAGUGGCCUGACCCGCCGUCGAGGAGCAGGGAGAGGCGUGGGCGACGGUAGCGACGGCAGUCGAGUGGCAUCCCCUUCGCCCCAUAACGGAUCCGAUAACCAUGCGCCUGAAACCUCAUACAUCGGAGGAGAGAAUGGACACAAGAUUGCAUUUGAUCCGCGAGACAUCAGUGAAAGUGCAGAGAAGGUCAAGCAGCCAAAAUUGACGCUGAUGGAGGAGGUGUUAUUGCUUGGAAUAAAAGAUAAACAGGGUUACUAUUCUUUCUGGAAUGAAAACAUCUCAUAUGCCUUGCGAGGAUGUAUCGUGAUUGAACUAGCCUUCCGCGGUCGAAUCAGCAUGCAGAAAGACUCUUCACGUCGACGCUUCCCACUUGCUGACCGGGUGAUUGAAGUUAUUGAUGAUAGUUUAACUGGAGAAGUCUUGCUGGAUGAAGCUCUGAAAAUGAUGAAAUCAAGCGAGAAGAUGAGUGUCAGCUCAUGGAUUGAUCUUAUGAGCGGUGAGACUUGGAACCUAAUGAAGAUCGGCUACCAGCUCAAACAAGUACGAGAGAGACUCGCAAAGGGCCUUGUUGACAAAGGUGUCCUCCGCACUGAAAAACGAAACUUCCUUCUCUUCGAUAUGGCCACACAUCCGGUCGCAGAUCCCGCAGCAAAAGAAGACCUUAACAAGCGAGUUCGUAACAUUUGCAGCAACCGCACUGUCAUCUUACCACCAACUCAGUACCUUCCAAAUGGCGUUGAAUUCAGGUACUUGAGGACUAUAGCCAUGGUCUGCGCAUCUUAUGCUGCUAAUGUCCUGGAGAAUUGCCUGGUCACUAUGAACCAUGAUGCACGGGAGAGGGCUUUUUCUCAGGUGGAUGAGCUGUUGGCUGAUUAUUCACAAUGGCCAUUUUCCUUACGAACAGGUGGUACACAGGGUAUAGGAGCAAACCUGGCGCAGGUAGUCAGAGAAGAAAUUGACAAGGCUAAGGAUAGGGAGCUUCAGUUAGAGGUUGUGGCGGCAUGCCUAAAUGUGUUUACUCGUCUUGAUUCACUGCUUUGA